AUGUAAGUUUUCCCUAUUUUAACUCAUCAAACUUCAAAUUUUUCGACUGAACUCACUUAAGAUACAUUAGAAAACCCUUCUAAGGUAAAUUCUGCUGGUACUGUUACUAAUUUUUAGGCAUUCUAAACUUCUACAAUAAGCAAAAAUGUGUCAAACCCUGUUUCUUAGAGAGAAGAAGAUCUUAGUAGCUAAAAAAACAUGAAUUAACUGAUAGCUGAUGGUACGUAAACAGAGAAUCAAGAAAAUAAUAACUAAUAAGAAAUAACUGAUUGUAGAUAAAGUCUGAAUUCUGAUGUGACUGCUCACACGUGUUGGUUUUGCAAAGAAUUACCAAAUGCAGAAGACCCCUUUCUAUGUAAUUGUAAGUGUUAGGGGAGUAAUUUAAUUCAUGCAUCUUGUAUGAUGAAAAUAGCUGAUAAUGAAAUUAAAAAAAGUUAAAAAAAAUAUUCUAAAAAAAGUAAGAAGGAGCUGGUAACUGAGCAUAUCUGCUCAAUUUGUAAAUAUAAAUUCAAAUCUAUUACAAAAUACGCUUUUCAUUUUGAUUUCUCUGUGACAACUGAUAACGUUUUGAUUUUCUUAUUAGGUCUAAUAAGUCUUAGCUGUUCUAUUGGAUUAAUAAUUAUAAGCUAUAAAGUAUUUAUUGUCAAUAAUAGUGAAGGAGAAAGUUUUUCUGAGAUUUGUUUAGGUUUAAUUAUUUUUUUAAUAGUGCUAUGUAUUAGUCUAGUGUUAUCAUUUAUACUUCUAGCUAUUUAUAUGUUUUAUAAGGCCUUCUAUAAAGUCAUAACAAAGCAACUAGAAUUAAUAAGUGAUAUAAAAGAUAAAUUAAUUAUUUAUUCCUAUGAUUAAGUAAAGUAAUCAUAUUUUUAUGACCAAACCCUGAAUCUCGGUUUGACAUAAAAAGAAAAUAAAGCAAUUCCUCAAACUCUCAGCACAUACCAAAAUAGUCCUCUACAUAAAAAUGAUAAUUAAUUUUUUAAUAUUUAAGAGCAACAUUUAUGA